CGCUGCCCGCGCGUGUUCUUUGUCAUUCCAUCUCUUUGGAUAUACUACCAUACGCCGAAUCUUUGGUGGAUUGAUCGAGAUAAUGGUUUGGAAAGACUGCGCUUCUAUAUAUACGCGAGCAAUAAUGACGAUAUGACGAUAAAAGCAAAAGUCUGGCUGCUUAUAUAG